UCAAACGCUGUAAUUGUUAGUUUGUUGCCAUAAUUUACAUUAGGAAACAGAUUCCGUCGCUAAAUUCCCUUUUCCGUGUUAAACAGUGUUUCUGGCAAAACAAGUGUACUUUGGUCUGUCCGCCUGGCACCUCCAUGUUGAAGCAAGGAUUAUAGAAAUCUGAUUAUCACUGAGCUGUGAGCGUGGUAGAAACUGCCUUCAAGAAAUGCAUUCCUUUCGUGAAAUGCCUGUCUGGGACUUUUCCGAUGUUUCCUCAAUGCUGCAUCUUCUCUAAACAUCAACUUCGAUGCGGAGAAAGCCUUUGAGGGUGUGACCUGGCCUCAUCUUAUCAGAAUUUUGAAAUUAAGAUAUCUUGGCUCUAUUGCAUUUAUUAAAAACCUACAGACUGCUCACAACUCGGCCGCGGCAGAAUGAGAUUCAAAUCUAAAGUCAAACUUCUGCUAUGGAAGAAUUGGAUACUCCGCAAAAGGCAAAAGCUUCGGUUUGUUGUGGAGAUUUUAUGGCCCUUGUCGCUGAUCUUGGUCCUAGUGUGGCUCAGAAAUGCCAAUCCUUUGUACGGCCAGCAUGAAUGUCAUUUUCCAAACAAGGCAAUGCCCUCUGCUGGAAUGUUACCAUGGUUACAGGGAAUUUUCUGUAAUACCAACAAUCCUUGUUUUAGAAGCCCUACACGUGGAGAGGCCCCUGGCGUGGUUUCAAACUACAACAAUUCCAUCCUAGCGAGGGCAUAUCAGGAUGCUCAGGAAGUGUUAUUGCAAAAACCAGAAAUCCAUCACUUGAGCAGAAUAUGGAAGGAGAUGUAUACCAUGACCACCUUUAUGGACACCUUGAGGAGCAACCCUGGAAAAGUUUCAGGUCGUGGAAUAAGAAUAAGAGACAUCCUAAAAGACGAUGAAAUCUUGACUGAGUUUUUAUUGAAAGAAAUAGGGCUAUCUGACUCUGUGGUUUAUCAGCUCAUUAAUUCUCAAGUUCGCAUUGAGCAGUUUGCAUCUGGGGUACCGGACUUGUCCUUAAAGGACAUUGCCUGCAGCCAAACCCUCCUGGAACGCUUUGUCAUAUUCACCGGCCGCAGAGCAAUGCACACUGUACGCAACGCCAUGUGCAUUUUGUCCCAGCAAAGGCUGCAAAGGAUUGAAGACGUGCUGUAUGCAAACAUUGAUUUCUUCAAGUUGUUUGGAAUUCUUCCAACUGUGUUAGACAGAAGUUCACAUGGUAUAGAUCUCCGAUUUUGGGGGAAGGUGAUCUCUAAUUUGUCUGAUUCUUUGCAAGAGUUAUCACAGAAACAAAGCUUCAAGGAUCUUCUUUGGGUUCUGCAGCCUAUUGUGCAGGAGGGGGGUCCGAGGACCUUCACCCUGUUAAUGAAGUCUCUGUCCGAUCUCUUCUGUGGGUAUCCUGAAGGUGGAGGAUCCCGUGUCUUCUCUUUCAACUGGUAUGAAGAUAAUAACUACAAAGCUUUCCUAGGGGUAAAUUCAACCAGGAAAGAGUCCAAUUACCUAUAUGACAAGACUACUACUCCAUUUUGUAAUGCGUUGAUCCGAAGUAUGGAGUCCAACCCUGCAACUAAAAUAGCAUGGAGCGCAAUGAAACCACUGCUAAUGGGAAAAAUCCUGUAUUCCCCUGAUGCUCCCGCAGUGAGAGAAAUUCUGAAGAAUGCAAAUGCAACCUUUGAGCAGCUGGAACGUCUCAGAGAAAUGGGUAAAUCCUGGGAAGAAGUAGGACCCCAGCUAUGGAACUUUCUGCAUAAUAGUGUCCAAAUGAAUGUCGUCCGGGACACCAUCAGAAACCCAACUGUAAAGGAUUUCCUCAAUAGGCAACUUGGAGAUGAUGGAUUGAGUGCUGAUGACGUUAUUAACUUCCUUUACAAUGGCAAUCCAGACUCCCGCUCAUCUAAUCAAGCAAACUUUGACUGGAGAAAUGUAUUCAAUUUCACUGACGAAACCAUACGUCUUUUUAACAACUACAUGGAGUGUUUGACCUUGGAUAAAUUUGAAGGUCACAAUGAUGAAUCCCAUUUGACACAUCAUGCUCUCUACCUGUUAGAAGAAAAUAAAUUUUGGGCUGGUCUUGUGUUCCUGGACAUGUUCCCUUGGACUAAUAACAUACCUCCUCAUGUAAAAUAUAAGAUUCGGAUGGACAUUGAUGCAGUGGAGAAGACAAACAAGAUCAAAGACCGGUACUGGGAUCCUGGCCCAAGAGCAGAUCCAGUGGAAGAUUUCCGUUACAUCUGGGGAGGAUUUGCUUAUCUUCAAGAUAUUAUUGAUCACGGCAUUAUAAAGACUCAAACAAGUAAUUCAAUGCCAACAGGAGUCUAUCUCCAGCAGAUGCCCUACCCGUGCUUCGUAGAUGACGUUUUUAUGAUCACGCUAAAUCGGUGCUUCCCAAUCUUCAUGGUUUUGGCUUGGAUUUACUCCAUUUCCAUGUUGGUGAAAGACAUUGUUCUGGAAAAAGAGCUGCGUUUGAAAGAAACCAUGAAAAACAUGGGAGUAACGAACGACGUCAUUUGGUUCACAUGGUUCAUCGAUAAUUUUACCGUUAUGACGUUAAGUACUUUCCUGCUAACCGUCGCAAUUGUGGGUGGCGGCGUUCUUCACUACAGCAAUCCUAUUAUCCUGUUCCUCUUUCUGAUGGCUUUUACAUUGGCCACCAUCAUGCAAGGUUUCCUGAUGAGUGUGUUCUUCUCAAAAGCUAACCUGGCGGCUGCCUGCAGCGGAGUCAUUUUUUUCACACUCUACUUACCCCAUAUCCUGUGCUUUGCUUGGCAGGACAGAAUGACAUUCAAAUUAAAGACUAUGGCAAGCUUUCUGUCACCUGUAGCAUUUGGUUUUGGAACGGAGUACUUAUCAAGAUAUGAAGAGCAAGGCCUUGGACUUCAAUGGGGGAACAUCAGGAAGAGCCCCGUAGAAGGCGAUGAAUACAGCUUUUUGUUUUCUAUAUUCAUGAUGCUUUUUGAUGCGUUUGUGUACUGGGUUCUUGCGUGGUACAUAGACCAUGUAUUUCCAGGAGAAUAUGGAAUGCCAAAGGCAUGGUAUUUUCCAUUCUUGGCAACUUAUUGGUGUACUUUUGAACAUCCCUCUGAAGGAGAUGGAGAUUCAGUGGAGACGGAACUAUCAAUCCAUGAGCACAAUGACGAUAUUUCAAAAGAAGCACCAAGUAAACCACCAGAUGAUCCUAUUCAACUUAAGGCAGAAUGUAAUGUCAAUAACAAUGCCGACGCUUGCAAACACAAACUGAAGAAAGAACUUGAGAAAGCAGAGAAACAAAAAAUUGAUGAACAAGAAAAGGAAAGGAAAGACAAAGAUGCAUUUCCUGAUGCCAAUCCAUUUUUUGAACCUGAGCCACCAGGGAUGGUCCCAGGGGUGUGUGUUCAGGAUCUGGUGAAGGUCUUCGGAAACAGUUUCAAGCCAGCUGUGGAUAGAAUGAACAUAACUUUUUAUGAAGGGCAGAUCACUGCUUUCUUGGGUCACAAUGGAGCUGGAAAAACAACAACAUUGUCAAUCAUAACUGGGUUAUACCCACCAACAUCAGGAACGGUGUGGGUUCGUGGCAGAGAUAUUCAGACACAUAUGGAUUCAAUCCGUCAAAGUCUUGGAAUGUGUCCACAGCACAACAUCCUUUUUCGUCAUCUGACAGUGGCAGAGCACAUUCUGUUUUACGCUCAGUUGAAAGGCAAGUCCAUUAAACAGGCAGAAAGAGAAAUGGAAGUGAUGUUGGAAGAUGUUGGAAUUCCCCAAAAAAGAAAUGAAGAGGCUCAAAACCUCUCGGGUGGAAUGCAGAGGAAAUUGUCUGUGGCGAUGGCAUUCGUUGGUGAAUCGAAAGUCGUGGUCUUGGAUGAACCAACCUCGGGUGUAGACCCGUACUCCAGGAGAUCUAUUUGGGAUCUACUGCUCAAAUACCGAACUGGCAGAACUAUCAUUCUCUCUACACAUCACAUGGAUGAGGCUGACCUACUCGGGGAUAGGAUUGCAAUUCUAUCUCAAGGAAAGCUUUACUGCAGUGGAUCUCCACUAUUUCUGAAGAACUGUUUUGGAACUGGCUUCUACCUCACUCUGGUCCGUCGAAUGAGGAAUGUCAAAGAAGGCGGGAAGAAGGACUCUGCCUCCUGCAGAUCAGACUGCUCUUGUCCUUGCCCAGGCUGUGCACCUAAAUCAAAGGAGAAUCCUCUGGAACAAGAAUUGGAUGGUGACAUAAACGGAUUAACAGAAUUAAUUCAACACCACGUUCCGGAGGCAAAACUCAUUGAAAGCAUUGGGCAGGAGCUGAUCUAUCUGCUGCCAGGCAAAGAUUUCAAAUACCGAGCUUAUGCCAGCCUGUUUCGAGAGCUGGAAGAGACCAUAAGCGACCUUGGGCUGAGCAGCUUUGGGAUUUCUGACACUCCCCUGGAAGAGAUUUUCCUGAAAGUCACUGCUGAUUCGGUCACAGGAACAGAAACCCCAGAAGAAUGGAUGUUACAACAGCGGAAAUCCAGGACAAGUCUAGCGACGGAGAACAAGGCAAUCGUUAUCAAUGUUGAUCAAAAAGAGCCAGAAGGAAAGAAAGUUCAAACCUGCCCACCAGAAGCUGCCCAACAUGAUGGCAACACUAAGCAAUGUCCAGUACCCAGUGCAGCAGACGGCAGGGGAUCCCGACAAAUCAAAGGCAAUGAUCUAAUGCACCAACAGUUCAAGGCACUCAUGAUUAAACGCUUCCACCAUGCUACUCGCAGUCAAAAGGACUUUCUUGCCCAGAUUGUGCUUCCUGCAAGUUUUGUGUUGUUGGCGCUAGUGUUCACUCUGAUCGUCCCACCAUUUGGAGAAUAUCCCAGCCUAACCCUUCAUCCAUGGAUCUAUGGGCAACAGUAUAUCUUCUUCAGCAAUGAGCAGCCUGGAAAUGAACGAAUGGUUCCCAUAUCUGAUGCCUUCCUGAAUAACCCAGGGUUUGGAACUCGUUGUAUGAAGGAUGAACCACUGUCUAAAAAAUAUCCGUGCAUUAACACCUCAAGUGAAUGGAUCAUCCCUUCUGUGCCCCCAAGUGUAACCAGCAUACUUCUAUCUCAGAAUUGGACCCCUGAUAAUCCAUCACCCUCGUGCUCUUGUAGUACCAAAAGCAAGCUUAUUAUGCUCCCAGAAUGCCCUGAGGGUGCAGGGGGCCGUCCUCCACCACAGCGGAUUCAGCCCAGCUCCGAGAUAUUACAAGAUCUGACAGAACGAAAUAUUACAGAUUUCCUCCUGAAAACAUAUCCUAAUCUGAUAAGAAGCAGUAUGAAGAGCAAAUAUUGGGUCAAUGAGCAAAGAUAUGGUGGAAUCUCGGUGGGUGGAAAACUCCCUGUUCUUGAAGUGGAUGGAGCAAUGAUUACAGAAUUUUUCAAAGAACUGGGUCAUAUGACCAACGUGACGGGAGGCAUUACUACAAAGAGUGUUUCCCAGCAACUUCAAGCUUUUCUCAUAGACCUGGAAACUGAAAAUAAUGUCAAGGUUUGGUUUAACAAUAAAGGUUGGCAUGCCAUGGCCAUUUUCAUUAACGUUGCCAACAAUGCCAUUUUAAGAGCUAACUUGGGUGAAGACAAGGAUCCUGAAGAGUUUGGUAUAACUACCAUGAACCAUCCACUGAAUCUCACUAAGGAUCAACUCUCGGAGGUCACAGUAUUGACUACCUCAGUGGAUGUUGUGGUUGCCAUUUGUGUGAUUUUUGCCAUGUCAUUCAUCCCGGCCAGUUUUGUUCUGUAUUUGAUUCAGGAAAGAGUUUCCAAUGCUAAACACCUUCAGUUUGUCAGUGGAGUCAGCCCUACCGUGUACUGGUUUACAAACUACACCUGGGACAUUAUGAAUUAUGCUAUCAGUGUUGUCAUGGUCGUGGUGAUAUUUAUUGUGUUUGACAAGAAAGCCUACACUUCCUAUUCAAACCUUCCUGCACUCAUUGCAUUGCUUUUCUUCUAUGGGUGGGCUGUGAUCCCGAUGAUGUACCCGGCUUCUUAUCUCUUCAAUGUACCAAGCACAGCUUAUGUCGCUUUAUCUUGUUUGAAUCUUUUUAUUGGUAUAAACAGCAGUGCCAUCACCUUCAUCCUGGACCUGUUUGAGAACAACAGGUCUUUGUUAAGGUUCAAUGAAAGGCUGAAGGACAUGCUGUUAAUCUUCCCACACUUCUGCUUGGGCCGUGGGCUCAUUGACUUGGCUAUGAACCAAGCAGUGACGGAUGUGUAUGCUCGCUUUGGAGAGGAACAUAUCACAAAUCCUUUCCAAUGGGAGUUCUUGGGUAGAAACAUCUUCGCAAUGGCAAUUCAAGGAGUUUUAUACUUUGGCUUAAAUCUUCUUAUUCAGAACCGCUUCUAUUUCAGCACGUGGUUUUCAGAAUCAACACAGGGACCCAUAGAAGGAGAAGAUGAGGAUGUUGCUCAGGAGAGGCAGAGAAUCAUGAAAGGUGGCGGCAAAAAUGACAUAUUGAAACUAAAGGAAUUAACAAAGAUAUAUGCUGGUAGACAGAUCCCUGCUGUGGACAGACUGUGCAUUGGAAUUCGACCAGGAGAGUGUUUUGGUCUGUUGGGAGUUAAUGGAGCAGGAAAGACCACCACUUUCAAGAUGCUUACUGGAGACAUUGAAGUAACCUCAGGGGAUGCAUCCAUUGCUGGAUACAGUGUUUUACACGAGAUUGGUGAUGUACAUCAGAACACAGGUUACUGCCCUCAAUUUGAUGCCAUUGAUGAACUUUUGACUGGCCGUGAACACUUGCAGUUGUAUGGGCGUUUGAGAGGCGUUCCUGAGGAGGAAGUUGAGAUGGUUGCUGAGUGGGGAAUCGAAAAACUGGGUCUUAACAACUAUGCAGACAUGCCAGCCGGCACAUACAGUGGUGGAAACAAGCGAAAGCUUUCUACUGCAAUAGCACUGAUUGCAUGUCCUCCAGUAGUUUUGCUGGAUGAGCCCACUACAGGGAUGGAUCCUCACUCACGUCGUUUCUUGUGGAAUUCCAUAGUGGGAAUUAUUAAAGAAGGCAGAGCGGUAGUAUUGACUUCGCACAGCAUGGAAGAAUGUGAAGCACUCUGCACUCGUCUCGCCAUAAUGGUGAAGGGAUCCUUUAAAUGCCUUGGCACGAUUCAGCAUCUCAAGUUUAAAUUUGGGGAUGGUUACAUUGUCACCAUGAAAAUAAGAGCCCACAAGCUUGGUGCAGCUCCAGAUCCAGGGCCCGCAGAGAAGUUUAUAGAGACAAACUUCCCUGGCAGUUUACAAAGAGAGAAACAUUACAACAUGCUGCAAUACCAAAUCUCAUCUUCCUCACUUGCCAGGAUAUUUCAGCUACUCAUAUCCAACAAAGACAGUCUCAACAUUGAGGAAUACUCUGUGUCACAGACUACGUUAGAUCAGGUGUUUGUCAACUUUGCUAAACAACAGACGGAAGAUGAGGACAUCCGUUUACAUCCUCGAGCUGCUGGGGCCAUUCGGCAACCAAAGGUCGCCCCUCUUCCACCAUCAAAAGAGUAGCAGAAAAACUAAAGCACUAUCUAAAAAGCGUCUGUAAACCAAGCUUAACGGUCAACAAAAACUUGACUACAUAUAUAUUUUUAGAUGGCUAAGUGAGUGCCAGGGUUCUGCAAUGUUGGUGAAAUGCGUAAUAGCCAAGAACUCUAUAAUGCUCCAGAAAUGUAUUCACAAUACUGC